GCCGUCCAGCAGAGGGCAGCAGAGCGCCGGCGCGCUGUCUGCACUUUGACUCCGUUGAUCGGCCGCAUGUCGGGGAGGCCGGCGGUGGUGGUGUUCGGUGCUACGGGCGCUCAGGGGGGCUCGGUGGCCAAAGCCCUGCUCAGUGACGGCUCCUUCCAUGUUCGGGCCGUGACCCGAAACCCCAGGAAGCGGGCAGCGAGGGAACUGGCGAGGCUGGGUGCUGAAGUGGUCAAGGCGGACCUGGAGCGGCCGGAGAGCCUCCGCUUGGCACUGGACGGCGCCUCGGCCAUCUUCUUGGUGACCGAUUACUGGGAGCUCGGUGACAAAGAGAGGGAGGUUACUCAGGGUAAGGCAGUUGGCGACCUGGCAAAGAAGGUGGGCGUGAGGCACGUCGUGUUCAGCGGCCUGGAGGACGUGAAUCGUCUGACGGGCGGGAGGCUGCAGGUGAGCCACUUUGAUGGCAAAGGGGAAGUGGAGCGCCACCUGCGCCACAUCAGCCUUCCUGCCACCUGCCUGAGGAUGCCCAGCUAUUUUGAGAACUUCAUCGAGCACUUCAGGCCACAGCCAGAGCCGCGAGGAGGAUAUCGCCUGGGUGAGUAUGAGAUUCCAAUGGCCGAUAUUCCAAUGGAUGGCAUGUCCGUGGAAGACCUUGGGCCGGUGGUGGUGACCAUUCUGAAGAAUCGGAGCGAAUACAUUGGGAAGGACAUCGGGCUGAGCGCCGAGCGGUUGACCAUCCAGCAGUACGCAGAAGUUCUGUCCAGGCAGCUGAAGAGGAGCAUCAGGGCCGCUGAGAUCUCCCCAGAGGAAUAUGAAAAGCUGCCGUUUCCAGGCGCCCAGGAUUUGGCCAACAUGUUCCGCUUCUACAGGAUGAGGCCGGAGCGCGACUUGAACUUGACGCGGCGGCUCAAUCCCGUGGUGCUUGGCUUUGAGGAGUGGCUCAGCAGAAACCUCCACCACUUUGCAGACUUGUGAGGGGCACAAGUGGGCAGCAGCUGCUCGCUCACCCCCAGGACAGCCCUAGGAAGACGGUGAGGGCCAUGAACAGUUGGCGAGGCUUCUUUGAGACCCGGAAUCCGAGCAUCGCUAUUGACUGGCGGGUUGACAUUUGUAUUUGCCACUCAUGCUUAAGAAAACGAUGUUUCAGUGCCAAAGUGGUGCCAGAACUGUGGCAGAACCACCUUUAUGACAGUGUCAGCAGUACCGUGAAGGAUGGCACGGCGCUGAAUGCACAAUACGCAGUAACACGAGAGAAGUGCGAGUCACGGUGCACGUGUGCUGAGAAGAAAACCAGCAGCAGUCCUGGCAGGAAAUGCCCGGCGUUGUUAUUAACAGAAUCAAAUAAAGCAAAAUCCAGAAACCCA